GCUGAUCUCACCAGUCAACAGACACUCGCCAGACAACCAGUGCUCCAGCACACAGGUUGUUCAGAAACAUCAUUGAUGACAGGGAAGAGUUCACACAAUGGCACAGAUUUCCAGACCAGACAUAGUCAAUGUAACCGAGGACAGGAAAGCGUUUGAAGCUGAAGUUAAACAGAGGAAGCAGGAUGUGAAGGAUUUUGUCACCUUGUUCCCUGUGUGGAGAGUGUGGAUGAUCAGCUACAUCAGAGACCUACGAGAGAUCGCAUACGAUAUAUACUCGAUUCACAAACCAGGCACGAGAGUGGGAGUCGGCCAGAGUGUGGCUGGUGGGGCUGACAACACUGCAGCUUGUGACACGGACAUUGUUACCCAAACACAGAGACGCAAAAGGGUUAAUGAUAUCAUUGAGCAAUAUACAAAGGACAGCAGAGAAAUGGCAGAGUGUUACAUGAAACUCUCACGAGCAGUUCGGAUCUUGAAACGUUAUGGUAAGAAAUCAGAAACCACAUUUCCUGGUGGAGCUGAGAGUCUCACUGAACACUUGGCUGGAUUUGCUGCUGUGGCUGAAACAAUAAGCAAACAGGAGACAGUGACAUCCAAGGCCGGGUCAGCAGCUCAGACAAGGCUGCCUUUCAUAUUGUCUCUGAUCUCCAGAGCAAACAAUGUUAAUCUCAACCGUGGAGCCAGGGCAGAUAUUGCUAAACACAUUCAUGGUGUGGCUGAAGUGCUGGAGGAUGAAGUGAUGGCGUAUAAAGAGGUUUAUAAACAUCUGGAAGAUACAGUCAGUGACAACGAGUACAGGUACGUACAGAUGUGA